GAGCACUUGGACGUUAGUUUCACUUGUUACGUUGGUUUCGAUUUUCGAUUUUCAUCCAGAGCUGACCGGACACCAUGGAGCGGAAACUGCACAGUGGGAUGCACCACGCCACCCUGCGCCUGCUGCAGGAAUCGGGCUGUGAGAUAGCGCCGCACAAUCUGAUGUACCCGGUGUUCAUUGUGAGCAACGACGAGGAUGUCCAGCCGAUAGCCAGCAUGCCGGGAAUCUCGAGAUUCGGAUUGAACCGCCUGCGGGAGCACCUGCAGCCACUGGUGGCCAAGGGAUUGUCCUCGGUUCUUCUCUUUGGCGUCGUGGAGCCGGAACUGAAGGACGAGCAGGCUUCCAAUGCGGAUUCCGGCAAGAAUCCAGUGGUUCUGGCUCUCCCGAAGCUUCGGGAAUGGUUUCCCGAUCUCCUCAUCGCCUGCGAUGUCUGCAUUUGCCCGUACUCCUCGCACGGCCACUGCGGUCUCCUCGGGGAGACGGGUCUGGAGAAUGGUCCGAGCAUUAAGAGGAUAGCCGAGAUUGCGGUGGCUUAUGCCAAGGCGGGUGCUCAUAUUGUGGCGCCCUCGGACAUGAUGGACAACCGGGUGAAGGCCAUUAAGCAGGCCCUCAUCGAUGCCGAAAUGAACAGUGUUUCCCUGUUGGCCUACUCGGCCAAAUUUACCUCCAAUUUCUACGGACCCUUCCGGGAGGCAGCCCAAUCCGCUCCGAAAUUCGGCGACCGUAGGUGCUAUCAACUGCCCAGUGGAUCCCGCAGUUUGGCCAUGAGAGCCAUCCAGCGAGAUGUCGCCGAGGGAGCCGACAUGCUGAUGGUCAAGCCGGGCAUGCCCUAUCUGGACAUCCUGCGAUCCACCAAGGAUUCCUACCCGUAUCACACUCUGUACGUUUACCAGGUGUCCGGGGAGUACGCCAUGCUGUAUCAUGCUGCCCAGGCGGGAGCCUUCGACCUCAAGGAGGCCGUCCUGGAGGCCAUGAAGGGCUUCCGACGAGCUGGAGCGGAUUGCAUCAUCACCUACUACACGCCCUUCCUGCUGGACAUUAUCGGAAGGGUCAAGUAAUUGUCUACCUCAAAUGUGGGACCUUCGAUUUCUUCAAACCAUUUUUAAGUAGAUUAGAGUGGACUUCUUAGAUAUACAUUUUGGUAAUUAUAUUGCUUAUAGAAGAUUUAAUAGUGCAAUAAUUUAAAAUAUG